GGGGUCCACCAUGACCUGGAUGGCUGAGAAUCUCCUAGCAGCUUCCUGACAGUGGGAAGUGCACUCUGCUCAUGCUCCAGAGCUGUGGGGCCCUGUGCGGGUGGCACCUGCUGCCAGCCGGUGCCCAGUUGCUCCUGGCACAGCAGGCGCCCUCCCUCUGCCCUCUUUGCUGCCCUCCAGACCUGCUGACCGAGGAGCCCCGUCCCGGGCUCAGGCCCGUCCGGCGCUUGGAGGGGGGCCGCCUACUGACCCAGGCCGUCCGACUGAACAACAACACCCUCAACGACCUGACCGAUUUCCCAGACAUUAUGGAGAAGCUGCUGGAGUAUCCCCUGGACAUCUACUGGAUCGACCUCUCCUUCAACGACCUGCCCAACAUCGACCCAGUGCUGACCACCUUCUACAACCUCCGGAACCUGAACCUUCAUGGCAACAGCAUCCAGCAUCUCUCCGAAGUGGACAAGCUGGCCGUGUUGCCUCACCUGCGCAACCUGACCCUGCACGGAAACCCCAUCGAAGAGGAGAAGGGCUACAGGAGUUACGUCCUGUCCACCUUGCCCCAGCUGAAGAACUUCGACUUCAGCGGCGUCACCAAACUGGACCGCAGCACCGCAGCCGUCUGGAGGCGCAUGAACAUCAAGCCGAAGGCCAUCCGGAAGAAACGGGAGCGCUACUGAUGGGGACGGCCGCCUUCCUGAGGAAUAAAGCUUUAG